AUGUGUACACAACCAAACACCAAUGAUUUGCUUCUUCCAUUGGUAAGUGAGACUAGAAGCCUUCAAAAAUUGGUCUCAAAUGUACCAUUCGAUUCGUCUUGGUGUUGUGAAUCAAGGGAACAAUGAAUUUUCGCGAGAAACGCAUCCUGAGAGAAGCUAGAGGCGUAAAAACGAUGAGAAAAAAUGAAAAAUUUCUAGUGUGCAAACACCGCGACGCCAAACUGCACACAAAAAUUUGAAAGCGACGAAAAUUUUUUAUUUUUUCUGUUCUCAGAGAAAGCCGGCGACUAAUCGGCGACCAACAAGUUCGUCGCAAGUUCGUCGGCGAAAAUAGUGUGUGUUUCCCGGAGACGCAGACGAAAAAGUUUCAGGCGACUAAUCGGCGACUAAUCGGCGACUAACUUAUGAUUGGUCGCCGAUUAGUCGCCUGAAACUUUUUCGUCUGCGUCUCCGGGAAACACACUAUUUUCGCCGACGAACUUACGAUUGGCAGACGAUUAGUCGCCUGAUCUCGAUUCGUCGUAAGUUCGUCGCCGAUUAGUCGCCGGCUUUCUCUGAGUUGUUUCGGGUGUUCAGACAGGAAAAUCUGUUCCCAAAAGCUUGAUGACAGCUUUUUUAUCUAUGAAAAGCAUAGCCUGACAGUUGCCUAAUCAUAAUUUGUUUCAGAAAGGCCGCAAAUUCAAGCUCGGCAGCCACGAAUACAAACUCUGUGAUGCAAUCGCGACAGGACCAUUUUCAAGCGUCUUCCUUGUUGAAGAAAACGGUGUUGCUUAUGCAAUGAAAGUUGAAUCGCAAGAUGGAUGUUUAAGACCAGUUCUGAAGUUGGAUCACGCGGUUUUAUCGAAACUUGGUGGUCAAAGAGGAUUUCCAGCCCUUUGGGAUUCGGGAAGAACAUCCACUUUCAAAUAUGUGAUUAUGCAACUAGUUGGACCGGAUUUGUCUAUGCUUCUUGAAUUCAUGCCAAAUAAUCGGUUCACACUUUCAACGAUUUAUAAAAUCGCGAUUCAAACACUUGAAAGACUCCAAACAUUGCAUAAUUCUGGUUGGUUGAAUCGUGAUGUCAAAGCGCAAAACUUCGCCGUCGGAUUAGGCCAAGAUAGUUCAACUGUUUAUAUGCUUGAUUUCGGCCUAACUCGAAGAUUCCAAGAAACCGAUGGAAGACCACAUCUUCUUAGAUCUUGGGGUCCAUCAGUUGGCACAUUUCCUUAUGCACCUUUAAGUUCUCUCGCAUUUUCCGAUCAAACUCCAGCUGAUGAUGUUGAAGGAUGGUUGUAUAUGGUUAUACAUUUGUUGAAAGGUCUUCCUUGGCAUAACUCGAAGGUUCAAUUGAAUUUGGCAAAGACUCGCGAAUGGAAAAUGUAUUGUCGGAAAGAGGGAGGAAAGCAGAAAUUGUUUGAUGGAUUGCCGGAUGGUUGGGCUGAUAUUUAUGAGUUGAUUUUGAAAACACCGUGAGUUCAGAGAGAUUUGAAAUUUAAUUGUGGUAAAAUAAUAUGUCUUUCUAGAUGCUUCGAACUUCCGGCUUAUGCCAAAAUCUCGAAUAUGAUCAUCAAUAUUGCGAAACAAGAAUCAAUCGAUUUAUCGAUUCCAUUUGAUUGGCAAACCAAUGCAGUUCUUCGUUCUUUGGUUCGUCUCGGACCAUUGAGUUGUGAAGAAUUAUCGAUUGUCAGAACACCUGUUAUGAUGAAUCGAUCAAAUCGCAUUUUGCUUUCGCCGAUGUGA